CUAAUCAGGAAACAAGACACGGCUUUUCAUCUUGCAUUCAAGUUCAACAUCCACUUAUGCCUAACUUUUAAUUAUGCAGCUGUUGUGUUUGAUUAGAUGCUAAUCAUAUUUCAGACAAAGUAACCAUGUCUGUACCAGUUGUGCCAAUAGCUGGCAGAAGGCAGCAAGUUUCUCCCUCCCCUGGUCCACAAAUGUCAUCAUCUCCAACACUGGUGUCUUACCCUCAGAAUGACAAAAUAAUACAGGAUAUAUCAGAGUGUAUUGCUGAUUUGAAGUCAGACUUUGAAGACAAUCACCAACCUCUUACAGAUGACAACCAACAACUUCAGAGAUUCUGUGCCAAGCUGGAGUACUUGUUAAGAGCUAAUAUGAAAGAUAAAUACUCCAUGCUGGGGAAGAAGAAGGAUUACUGGGAUUAUAUUUGUGACUGUCUGGGAUCCACCAAAGGGAUCAACGAUGGGAUUAAAUACGUCAAAACCCUCGGAGAUUACAAGACAUCAGUAGGUAAAGGAAGAGCUUUUCUGAGGUUCUGUUUGAUGCACAACAGAAUGGCAGACAGUAUACAGGCUUGUAUCAUGAAUGGAAAAGUUACAAGUGAUUAUUUCCACCCAAAGUCAAUCUGGCUGAACCAUGACAAGAGCAGCACCUUGAUCAGUAACCUUUAUGACCUCAGUGAACUCCAGUUUGACCUUGCUCCUAGGGGAUAUGACCUUGACAAUGCCUGGCCAUCAUUUGCAAAGAAAACUCAGCAUGGAAACCACCACUGGAAUCCUCCAAGCAGAGCUGAUAGUAUGAGCAGUCUUAUUAGUAUACCAAUACAGGAUCGCCGUGGCGAGUCAUUCAGUGAAUCCUAUGAUGUAGAGAACAGUCUGAGACAGGAAUACGAUGACCAGAUAGAGGCUCUGGAGCAGCAGAAGAAAAGUCUACAGCAGUCCGUGGUCCUCUCUAAAACUGACCUCGAGGUCCUGCAGGGUCAGUACAGCGACAUAAAGGCACAGCACGAGGCACUGACAGCAGAAAACAAGGAACUGCAGAGGAGCUAUGAUAAGAUGUGUCUAGAAGUUGAAUCCAAGGAAACAGAAAUUAAAAUGAAAGAAGAAGUUCAUCAGAGAGAAAUGAAAAGCUUAGAGGAGGAUCUAAGGAAGAAAGAAGAGGUGGAGUUAUCACUUCAGGAGAAAAUUUCUAAGCUGGAGAUGUCACAUCAGGACAGCCAUGACAGCCACAGGUCAAAGGUCAUGGAGCUGGAGAAGAACAAUGGGGAUCUCCAAAUGCAGGUCCGUACACUGAUGUCAGAUCUGUCAACCAGCAUAGAGGGAGAAACAAAAAAGUCAGAAUUGAUUUCUAGUCAGGAGAACAAGAUAAAAUCACUGGAAACAAAAAACCAGGAACUGCUUCAGAAAGUGGAAACCAUGAUAACCACCAAAGACAGUGAGGCGUCGGCAAAGAUGGAUUCUGUCAACCAAAUGCAGGAACUGGUCGGCAAUCUGAAGGAAGUCGAGGCAGAGAAACUGAGAUUUGAAGUCCAGUGUGAGGAAUUAGAGAAAGAGAGUGAGUCAAGGAAGGUCUGGAUUGAAAGAAUCGAGAAAGAAAAAUCUGAGAGUGAGGAGAAAUGGCAAGAAAAUGUGAAAGACUUAGAAAGACAGCUUAAAGAAAUAAAAGAAAGUGCAUCUAGAGAACAAGAAAACAAUGAACAAAGGGUAAAGGAAUUAAAUGAUAAACUGAGUGAUUUUGUGAGUAAAAAUGAUAGUACUGUAGAAAAACUUAAGAUGUUAGAAAAGGAAAAAGCUAGUUUGGAGUCUGAAUUAAUUAAGAAAAAUACCUGUAUAGGGGAGAUGGAGAAUCAGAUAUCUGAACUUACCAGUCAAGCGGAACAAAUGAAACAUGAACAUGAGUCCAAAAUGUCUGACCUCAGUGAACAAUUAAAGACAAAAACAGACAUUAUUCAGGAAAAGGAUGAACAGUUAGGUGAAAAUCUGAGUAAAAUAUCAGGUUUGGAAUCAUCUUUAUUGGACAAGAAAGAUACCUGUGUAAAAUUAAAUGAAAAAAUUUCACAGCUUUCUCAUGAAAAAGAUGACUUUGAACAAGUUUGUGCCAAUCUAAGGACAGAACUAAAACAUGCCAAUGAUAAGAAUGAACUAGUCAGCAAUUCAAAGGAGGAAAACCAGAGGCUAGUGGAAGAAAAAUUACAGGUUAUUGAGGAAAAGGAUAAAAUGAUAGAGAGUAUGCUCCAUUCACUGAAGUGGGUUGUAUCAGGUGAUGGGGAAAACCAGCUUGGGAAGGCCCCAUCUGUUGAUGGACAUCCUGAAUUUUCUUCUAUGGUUGGAACAUUAUGUGAACAAAUAAAUUCAGUAAAACAUCAGUUAAGUGAAGUUUUAUCAGAAAAAUCAACCAUUCAAAAUAAAUUGACUGAAAGCCAUCAGACCAUAAAAACCCAUAAUGCUCAAAUAUCUAAACUACAGGAGGAAAAACUUAGUUUAGAGGAAGUUAUUGAUACCUCAAAGAGUGAACAAAACGAUCUUCAGCAGAAAAUAGUAGAGAAGGAUAGGACUGUGUCAGACAUGGAAAACAGGAUUAGAGACUUAGAGCAGAGACUAGGGGAAACUGAAACAACACUUCAGAAAACAGUAACAAAAUGUGAUGAAUAUAAUGCGCAGAACAUCAAAUUACAAGAAGAGAUAGUCUUAAAAAAUGGUGACAUAACGGCCUUAAAAGAACAAUCAACAAGAACUGAAGCGGAACUGCAGCAAAGCUGUAAAACUAAUGAAGGUAAUCUUGAAAGUAAGAAAGCUUUGGAGGAGAAAAUUAAUCAGCAGGAAAAGGUUGUAUCCUCCCUGUCAGAGAAAAUAAAGGAGUUACAAAGCGUUAAGGCAGCUUUAGAGGAAAUGGUGAAAAGACAUGAAAACGAGGCUAGGCAGUGGAAGGAAAAAUAUGAUAUAAAAUUAGCUGAACAAGAAGAAAAGUUAAAGGAACUGGAGAAAAUUCUGGAGAGGAAUAAGGAACUUCAGAGAGAAACUGAGGAACUGCAUCAAGAAAAAGCUCAACUGGAGGAGAAAAAGAAAGCUGUACAGACAAAGUUGUUUGAUGUGGAGCGGGAAUUUUCACUGAUUCAGGAGGAAAAGAAGAAGCAGAGUAAAGAGCACAGGACAGUUCUGGAUCAAAUGGAGACUGAGAGGACUGACCUGAAUGUGAAACUAGAAGAAGCGCUUAGUGAACUCCAUAGCUUCAAAGAACAGCUGAAUGAUACUUCAUCUGAAUUAGAAACAGUGUACAGUGAAAAAGAGAAAGCAGAAACUGAAAAACAGGAGUUAGAGCAGGAGCUGAGCAAGUUAAAAGAGGAUUUUGGUCAAAGUGAAGUACAAAGAGAAGGAACUGAAUGUGAUCUUAGGAAUAUUCAAGAGGAAAGUCAAAAACUUAGAGAAGAAAAGCAGAAAUUACUAGAGGAUACAGAAAAGUUGAAGUUAGAAAAUUCAGAACUAGCACAGAAAUUGGAAAAGCUCAGUGAAUCAGAGGAGUUGCAACAAAGUAAAAAUUGUAAUUUACAGCAAAAGCUGAAUGAACUUGAAGAGGAACUAAAAAGAAAAGACAGUGAAUGGAAAGGUGAAAAACAUGAGGUAGAGAAUAAGAUACAAGCUCUGGAAAAAACAGUGUGUGAGAUGGAAGUAGAGAGGAACACUCUGCAGGACAGAGUUAAGGAACUGGAAAGUGGAUUAAGUGACAAAUCACAGGGUAUUGAACAAUUAGAACACUCCUUAGAGGAAGCCAUGCUAGAAAAUCAGACAAUGAAGCAAAGUAAAGAAGAAGACAGGGAAGCUCAAACAAAACUAAACUCAGAGAUUGAGACUCUGAAGCAGGAAAUCACAGCUCUGAACUUCCAGUUAAGCUCUGAUCAAAUAGAGCAUGAGAAAUCAUUACAGAGCAAUGCUGCCAGAGAGGCUGAAGUAAAGAGCUUUGAGGAAAAGCUUCAGGAGAAAGAUGUACAGGUGCAGAACAUAGAGGAGGAACUUACGACAUUGAAGAGGGACAGGGAAACAGAAAGUGAAAGUAGCAGGAAGCAGUUAGAAGAACUAAAGUCUAAAUUAAUAUCAAUAGAAAAGGAAAAAGAGGCACUUGCUGAAGAAUUAACAGAGAAAAUAAAAGAUAUAGAAUCAAAAGAGAAAACAUGUGUUCAGUUGAGGAAAAAAGAGGAAGAAAAGACUGAUAAACUCAAAUCUAUAGAAGAAUCUAAAGACAAAGAAAUAUCACAGCUAAAGAGUGACAUGAAACAGUUAAAAAAGAAAAUUGUACAACUAACAAAGGAGAAAGAUACUUUGUGGCAGCAAACGGAUCGUCUAGCGUAUGAACAGAAAAUGCAGUCAUCUGCGAAAUGGAUGGACGAGAAAACAGUCACUAAAUGCCUGGGCUGUAAACAAGAGUUCACGUUCAUGGUUAGAAAGCACCACUGUAGAUUGUGUGGGGGUGUCUUCUGUCAUAACUGUAGUAACAAUUAUGUUGACUCCACCUAUAGCAGCUUAAAGCAUGAUACUAGUAAGAAGUCGCGAGCCUGUAAUCUUUGUUACCAGAAAUACACCAAGUCUGAUGCCCUGAGUUCCUCUAUGAUCAGCCGACUACAGGACGAUGAAGGACUGGAGGACUCAAGUGAAGAGGAGCAGACCUCAGCUAAACUCAUCAGGAGUCAGCAGACAGAUACAGAAAUUCCUGAACCUGACACAGAUAGCAAAAACCAGACUGAAGCAAUAACAGAUACAACACUACCCCAGCCAAUCCUAUCUAUUCCUCCCCAGAGUACCUCCACUCCAAUCAAAGGCUCUGAUGUUCAGCCAGCUGCUUCAGCCAUCCCAGAGAGUGACCCAGGGGGCACUAGAGUGGGGCCGGACGAGGUCAUGAUACCGGGUCAAGUGGCUGCCAAUAUAUCAAUCUCCGUCGUUGGACAAAAUGAAACGGACGAGAUCAAGAGGGUGAAGAAAGGAAGCGUGGGGGAUGGAAAUGAAGUUCUCUCUAAGGAUGAGAUUUUCCACCUGGUGAGUGAUGAGGAAGUGGCCAGAUCACAGAGUUUUUCCUCCUCAGAAUUCCAGUACCAGGACCCAGAUCCCAAUGUCACAACGGGCAUAACCAUAAAGGCAGAAGAGCUGGAGAAAGGGGAAGUGAACAACUCCAGUGAAUUCUGGGUAAAGGCCGGAAAAAGUCAUGCCAUACCUGUAGUCAUUGACAAGCAGAAUACUGUACUAUGCUGGGAAUUUAGAUCCCAUCCCAAGGAUGUGAUAUUUAGUGUAACCUACAUGGAGUUUGAGAGACCGGACCCUGCCAUCACUCACUGCCUGGUACCAGCUUGUAAGUGUGACUCACACAAACAGGCCGUCCGUGGAGAACUGACAGCCAAACAGACGGGGAUCUACACACUACUCUUUGAUAAUACCUAUUCCAGGAUAACUGCCAAAAGAAUAUGUUACUCUUUGUGGACAAGGCAUCUUGGAGAUUGAAACUACCCUUUAGUUUUGUUUCAAUUAUUUACAUUUACUUUAGUAUUUAUACACAGAGUUCUUGAUGCAAUAAAAACAAAUUUU